GAUUCAUUGUAUAUUUUUCAGUAUUCUUUUAUAUCUAUUUCUAUAAACAUCUUUUAGGUUAACAAAAUUAAUAGUUUUAAAAUGUUGAAAAUCAAUACUGAGUAGUGUAAAAGUGCGUGAUAAAAUAUAGUUAAAGUGUUUCACACAAAAGUUAGUAGUAUAAUCAAUUUCAUAACAAAUAUAAGUCGCAAUUGGUAUCACGCACUCUGUUAGCCAUUACUUAAGUGGUAACAACUGUGAAACGUCUUUGUGGAAGAACACUGAGCAAAAUCAUAACAAAGUCAAGUGUGAUUUGUAACUUGAGAUAUGUCGACAUUAGAUGGUGCCGCGGUGCCAGCUCUUGGUCUUAUAGGGAAGUUGGCGCAAUCAUUUGGCGUAAAUGAAGCCGCGCUCCGCUUGUUGCUCUCAAUUUUUGGAGGGUAUGGAAUUGCUGUUCUAUAUCGCAAACAUGUCGUAGGUCAACCCAAUAAACAACUGCAUCACCUUUAUUUCGUCAUUUGCGGUUUGCUGAUAUGCCUAUUUAAUUUUGGCUUUGACACAUAUCAUUCACUAAUUGCAAUCACCACAACUUAUGUACUGGCGCGUUUACUUCGUGGCUGUCCACGUGAAUUUAAAAUUUUAAACUUCGUUUUUCAUAUGUCAUAUCUGCUUGUUGGCUACUAUUUUACGGAAAGUGAUGAAUAUGACAUACUUUGGACUAUGCCGCAUUGUGUGCUGGUGUUACGUUUAAUCGGCUUUGGUUUUGAUUUAGCCGAUGGGCUGAAAGAGCAAGACAAACUUUCUAAAGAACAAAAGGAGUGUGCGCUUGCAGAGCUUCCUUCACCACUCGAAUUAUUUGCAUUCGCUUAUUUGCCAUGUUCUUUUCUAAUUGGACCACAAUUUCCGUAUCGGCGUUAUAAGCGUUUCAUCGAAGGUGAAUUCAAUCAGCACGAUGGCAACUUGGAGGCAGGUCUCAAACGUAUGUCAGUAGGAUUUGUUUACUUAAUUGUUAGCCAAAUUGGUGCUGUUUAUUUCCCCAACACCUAUAUUCUAUCUGAUGAAUAUGCGAAGGUGUCAUACUUCUGGCGUUUAGCCUAUUUGGGCGUAUGGGCGAAAGUUGCAAUCUACAAGUAUGUUGCAUGCUGGCUACUGACGGAGGGUGCGCUCAUAGUUCUGGGCAUAUCUUAUGCGGGCAAGCAGGAAAAUGGCAAACACGAUUGGUCCGGUUGCUCUAAUGUUAAUCUGAUCAUAUUGGAGACUGGCUACACAAUGCAGCAUUACGUACACUCUUUCAAUAUAAAUACCAAUCAAUGGCUCGGUCAAUACGUUUAUAAGCGACUGAAGUUCCUUAACAAUCGUACGAUUAGUUAUGCAGCGGCUUUGGGUUUCUUGGCUGUGUGGCAUGGCUUUCACAGUGGCUACUACAUGGCUUUCUUUAAUGAAUACAUGACCGUGACAAUAGAGAAACAAUUUGCCAGCGUCUGGGCGAAAACUAAUAUUGACAUGUACGCUGACAUUGUUAGUCCUCCAUUUGUUUACCCCGCACUUAAGUACUUUAUACAAAAACUUUACGAUCUCUUCGUCAUUGGUUGGUGUAUGACACCCUUCAUAUUGCUUGGUUAUUCUCGUUGGAUGAAGGCAUAUAGCGCCGUCAAUUAUUUCGUGUUGAUUGGUGUGUUGGUUUGGACAAUAUUCUAUCAAACUUACAAAUAUUAUGUACGUGCCGCAAAACGACGCGAACAAGAUUCAACCUUCGGACGUGCAACAACACUUUCGCCAACUAUUAACGAUGCCGCACAUGACAAACGAGAUUAGUAAAGGUGCUUAACAAUAAUUAGGCAUUUUCAAGCCAACCGUUGAUUAAUAGUAAAUUGUAAAAAAUAUUUAGCUACUAAUAUUUUAAGAGCACUGAUGUAUUAGCUGUGCAAGUAAAAAGGCUGUUAAAAAGUGAAAUUUACUAAAGACAUAUUUUUUAUAAACGUUUAAGAGUUUGUCGCACCCAAAUUGAUUAUCGUGUAUCAAAGAAUAAUAAAGAAAACAAAAAACAGCUGUUUGGUGCUACAGUUUGAAGUUGUAAUGCAGUCAUAGCUAAUUUUUCACUUUCGUAGUCAUAAUUAUCAUUUCAUAAAGUUUUAUAUUUUUACAUUGAACCUAAUAUUUCUUAAAGCGAUAAUGGCUUUGGCCUUCGCAAACAUGAGUACUUUAGUAAUUUUGCAGCUACAUAAUCUACAGCCUACUAGUCAGUAGUUAAUUUUAAUUUAUGUCAAGCUCAGGCACACUUUGUUGUAUAUAUCGUGUUGUAAAUAGCAACAAAUUUUCAUAUGUAAAACAUCUUUCUUGCUGUAAAGCUAUUGAAGUAUGUAUUUGAAGUACGUAUAUAUAUGUAAGGGUGUCCGUUAUGUUCCAAGUUUAUUUUUUUUGCAAGUGAUUUCUUCGUUGCUCAUACGACGUGGUGUACCAUAUGAAAACAUGAAAUAUCAUUUUUAGUCGCAGGUUUAAUGUUUUGGAGAUAAAAGAAUUAAUAGCAAAUGGUAA